UUGCCUCACCUCGCAGCCUCACAUGUCCUCUAUUUGCAUCCCCCUCGCUCGCUUGCUCCGCCAUCGCCACACUCUGCUCCGCCUCCACAUUUGUACCCCCCGCCCUCUCCCACUUUAACAACCCUUACUGUCUUGACGACUCGCCUAAGUAUCCCUUCCCGAUCCAGCAAUGGCGUCCACAGCUGUUGCCAGUAGCCUGAGCGCGGCCGUCGCUCCUGCGACUCUGGUGUGGGAAGCCAAGAUCCUGUCGCGUCAGGGACUCGCAUUGGCCGCUCCGUCCGUCAGGUCUUCCAAGCUGAUCGCCAACAGGAGCAGGGUCGUCAUGAGCAAAUUUUGCAGUGCCUCCCCGCAAUCAGAUAACAAGCUAGCUGCCUUGACCAGCCUUGCCUUCCUGGCAGCUGCUGUGGUGCCCGAGAUAGCUGAAGCUGCUCAGCCCGGUGUGUCCCCAUCCUUGAAGAACUUGCUCCUGAGCGUGGUCGCAGGAGGAGUUGUGGUCACCGUAAUUGGUGUAGCCGUUGCUGGAGUGUCGACCUUUGACCCCGUUAAGAGGAAGUAGAUUAGACAUUUUUGCGUGAUCUCACCCAACUGUUUAUUUGGUAUCUUUUACCGGAGUGUACCAUUUUUCUUGCACAUCUCACUCCGAAGCAAUAUUGUCAGUUUCCUGCGAUGAUUAUGUGAAGAACUUCUUGGGUCCUGUAUAGCCUGGCUGUGACCUUAGCUGUAUGUUUGGUUCAGCUCAGCGAAUGUAACAAUGGUUCAGAUUUUUCUCUAAAUUUAAACUUAGUCUCAACUACGAUUUUCGGUG